UGAUACUCAACACCUGUGUGUGGGAGGUGCUCGCAGGACGCUCUUGCAGCAUCCCUCUUCCGUUUUCUCAGGGACAUCACGUGAGAUAUCUGGUGACGCGGCUGGCUUUCAGGUCUGAGUGCGUUCAAGGAAUACUGAGUGUGUUGUGGAGGCGCUGGAGUGUUGUGUGGGGAAAAGUGUGUAUUCAGGAGCCCCCCGAGACACUGAUAUCAGGAGAGCAUGUAGGCGGCGCUGAAGAUUGAGACCUGCUGACUGUACCACAAGACUGUACACACAUUUUUGUGUGCGAGAGGUUGGUUGGGCCACAAGUGUCAGGCCAGGAGCUGCCUCUCUCCUGCUGCAGUCGGAGGGAACGAGAAGCCCGUGUGAUGAGCGGGUGACCUCGGGAGACUUGAGCGCCUCCGUCAGCAUGCCAGACGAGAGCUGCCGCCUCCUGCGGGUCAGGUUAUCCUCGGGUCAGGCGCCAUGGCGCUGCUGUCAUCCUGCCUCUGCUGCAGCCUCCUGCUGGGCUCCAUCAUCGGUGGCGUCUACACUGCUAUGGUGUACCUCGUGGCCUUCAUCAUCUCUGUUUGGUGGAUUGUUGAAGCUGAAGUGUCGGGCGGGAGCGUGAAGGAGCGGGAAGCAGGAGUGCCGCCCAUCCCCGCCCCCGCCUACCUCCUCAGUCUCGGCUACAUCAUCGUGGCGGCCGCCUCCGUCUGGAUGCUUCUCGGCCUCUAUAAGAGGAAGGCGCGGGCGCUGCUGGUGUGGGUGUUGGUGAUGACUCUCUUCUGCUUCCCUGAGAUGGGCAUGGUCGCCUUCAUGACCUUCGUGCACUGGGUACAGUCGCGGCAACAUCAGCUUGAGUGACGGGCUCAGUCUACGAGCUGGGGUGCUGGCCACACCUGGCUUCUUCAGACCUGCGUAUGAGAGUCGCAGCUCCCUGGGAGCCGACAGUGACGACCUCCGACAGUACCGGGAUGUUGCCUUAUGAGUCUACCCUGAGCACCGCCAGCCCGCAGCUGUAUGGUUCCUGUCACCAGGAAGUGCACAGGCUUAACAAGUACCUGGCCUCAGCAAGCACCGGCAAGUACCGGGAAUUACUGGGGCGUUAGCAAGUACUGGACGUUAGAAAGUACCAGGAAGUACCUGGCCACAGCAAUGUAUACUGUUCAAAUUCUUUAAUUACCAAUGACCUAAGGUGCCUAAUAUACAAAGAUACAUAUAUUUAAAAACAAAGUGUAUAAGUACAUGUGUGUGAAUUUAAUAUAAAACCUAAUUAUAGGACAAACAUUAAUUGUUUGUAGUAAUUAGAGAGAGAUUUAUGAUGCAUUGUGGAAUAUAAAGCCUGAUAAACAUCACUGAGUCCACAUGAAUCUCUGCUAACGUUUACGUGUGUGUAUAAAUAUAUAUAUAUGGAGACAUUGUAUAUGGUAUGGAGACAUUGUAUAUUUUAGGCUGAUAAGAGAGAUGCGUUAAACAACAAAACAGAACACAGAUGAGCCUCGUUUAACGUCGUGGUUGGGUUCUUGAAAUCCGUGACUUUAACUGAAAUGACGUAAAGUGAAAUAGUGGACCUUAUAGGCCUAUUGUUGCAAGUAAGGCCUACUUUCCUUGGAUAUUGGGAAAGAUGUACUUUUCAUACAAACUUCACCAAUUAUAUGUAUUAACAUUUAUGCAUUGUACUUGAUUUGAUUAGUUUGAUAAUUUUUCUCGCCUAAUAUUAUGGUAUUGUUAAAAAAAGGUAAUGAAAUGAAACAGACAUUUAAUUGUGAUCUUGAACUUAUUCAUUGUUACAUACCAUAUAUUGGACAUGACAUAAAUGCGCAUUUCUCUAGUGAGUGGUGCGGCUGUUGUGGUGCGGCUGUUGUGGUGUGGCUGUUGUGGUGUGGCUGUUGUGGUGUGGCUGUUGUGGUGUGGCUGUUGUGGUGUGGCUGUUGUGGUGUGGCUGUUGUGGUGCGGCU